CCAAUCGUCAGCCUCGGCCGUUUGGCAAUGGGGCGGGGCUAUGUUUGGUUCCGGAAGACGGCUCGAAGCGAGGUGGUGUCGCUGUGGUGGUGAUGAGGAAUCGCUUAGUUAGCUUGCUGCUAUCUGUCUUCGACUUGGUGUAAUGAGCUUAGCCAACGACAUAGGUGGAUCGUUCGACUUUUGUUGUUGUUGAAGCGCCAUCAAGAUGACCCGCUGACAACCGACGAUGGGCAUAAGCGAACAAUGACUGGGGAGAAAAAGAAGAAGAAGCGGCUCAACCGCAGCAUUCUUCUGGCCAAGAAAAUUAUCAUAAAAGAUGGGGGAAGUCCUCAGGGAAUUGGCGAGCCCAGCGUCUACCACGCGGUGGUGGUCAUCUUCCUGGAGUUUUUUGCAUGGGGUCUACUCACCACUCCCAUGCUCACGGUAUUGCACCAGACAUUCCCCCACCACACAUUCCUGAUGAAUGGCCUCAUCCAUGGCGUCAAGGGCCUGCUGUCAUUUCUCAGCGCUCCGCUCAUUGGGGCCUUGUCAGACGUUUGGGGGCGCAAGUCCUUCCUGCUGCUCACGGUCUUCUUCACGUGCGCACCUAUCCCGUUGAUGAAGAUCAGCCCGUGGUGGUACUUUGCAGUCAUCUCCAUGUCGGGGGUCUUCGCCGUCACGUUCUCUGUCAUCUUUGCGUAUGUGGCCGACAUCACGCAGGAACAUGAGAGGAGCACGGCUUAUGGCUUGGUGUCAGCCACGUUCGCAGCCAGCCUGGUCACCAGCCCGGCCAUUGGCGCCUACCUGUCGGAUGCUUACGGCGACACACUGGUGGUGAUCCUGGCCACGGCCAUCGCGUUGCUGGACAUCUGCUUCAUCCUGGUGGCCGUGCCCGAGUCACUACCCGAGAAGAUGAGGCCGGCGUCGUGGGGCGCGCCAAUCUCCUGGGAACAGGCCGAUCCCUUUGCAUCUCUACGCAAAGUGGGCCAGGACUCAACAGUGCUGCUCAUCUGCAUCACAGUGUUUCUCUCCUACCUCCCUGAGGCGGGCCAGUACUCAAGCUUCUUCCUCUAUCUCAGACAGGUCAUCCGCUUCUCACAAGAGACAGUGGCUGCCUUCAUCGCUGUUGUGGGGAUCCUCUCCAUAUUAGCUCAGACGGUGGUACUGGGCAUCCUGAUGCGCUCCAUCGGGAACAAGAACACCAUCUUGCUGGGCCUCGGCUUCCAGAUCCUACAGCUAGCCUGGUAUGGCUUCGGCUCACAGCCCUGGAUGAUGUGGGCCGCUGGCGCCGUUGCGGCCAUGUCCAGCAUCACAUUCCCCGCCAUCAGCGCCAUCGUAUCCCGGAACGCCGACCCGGACCAACAAGGCGUGGUACAGGGCAUGAUCACGGGGAUCCGGGGCCUGUGCAACGGCUUGGGCCCUGCGCUCUACGGUUUCGUCUUCUACCUUUUUCACGUGGAGCUGACCAACACAGAUGCCUCGGAGAAAGGCGGCAAACCUAAUAUGGCCAACCCCACGGAUGAGAGCGCCAUCAUCCCAGGCCCUCCCUUCCUUUUCGGCGCCUGCUCGGUGCUGCUCUCACUGCUGGUGGCGCUGUUUAUUCCUGAGCACACGGGGCCCGGCGCCCGCCCCGGCGCCUAUAAGAAGCACAGCAACGGCGCUCAGAGCCACUCGCACAGCCCGCAAGGAAGCGGGGCCGAGGGGAAAGAACCUCUGCUGGAGGACAGCAGCGUAUAACCUCGGACCACGUUUUGAACUCGUUUGUGUGUCUGCGUGUGAUUGUGAGUGUGUGAGUGUUUGAGCGACGCUGGGGUUUCAAUCUGUUACUAACUCGUCACAUGCUGCCAGUCAGGAGGAAAUACCUAGCGGGGACCCAGGAAAGCAAACCACUGUAGAGACCACUCGGAUCAGUUUAAAGUUCUCUUCUUUGUCUUCUUCUUUUCACUGUUUACUAGGGUUGCUCACGGAUGAGAAAACCUCUGAUAAAUCUCCAUGGGAAUAUGUCUGUUGCUGUCCAUAGUAGCCAAAAAGUUGAAAAUAAGAGGCAUAAAGUUUGUCCAAAAAACAAAGACCUACAUGCAAAAAUAAUUUAAAACCAUUGCAUUCCAGAUUUGUCUUUUUAAGUUUUUAACAUUUUAUUUGAGUUUUUCUGUUAAAGAACAAAAAGCUGAAAAUUGAAUUCAAUAAUAACUCUAUUCAAAAAUGAACCAAAAUUCAUCAAAACGUUGCAUUGCAAAUGCACAAAAUCUAUCCAGGCAAUAUUUCAUGGAUGAAAUCUGCUUGUUUUAAUCAAUAUGAUACGCCAAAAUAUUUUCUCCUUUUUAUUUAAGUUGCCAACUCAAAGUACCCAUUCACUUUUGUAAAUUUCUCUAACCAAUUCCCAUGGAAAGUGACCAUCCUUACCCGCACAUUUCUGGAAUUUUGCAAUCCUACUGUUCAUCUUCAUUUGCUUUACACACAAACAAAAAAAAAACUAGUCAUUGUUCUCCCUUUUUAUUCAACAAAUGUUGCCUUGAAGUGACUUCCGCUAAAUAUAUGUAAAUGGUUAUUACGUAACCUGUAUGACGACCACGGUCUGAGAAGGCACUGUAAUCUGAUCGUGUCGCUCCCAUCGGAGCCCCCAAAAAUUGUUGCCUUUUCAUUCCCAAUUUGUUCCUUGUGUUUGCGAAUACAUACCUCGAAUCUAGAUUUCCCUCCAAACCUUAGCCUUGUUUUCUUUCAUCAUAGCCCUUUUACUUUCCCACUUCCCACCUUGCGGUCUCCAUUUUCAACCACUUCCUCCCUUGUGUCUAUCACAGGUUGUUUUUUUAACACUUGUAAAUUGAGAAUAUUCAAAGGUAAUUGAAGUAUUCCCAUAACAUGGACAUACAUAUACUGUUUCUAAACUGCAAAAAAAAAUGGGGAACCCUUAUCUUGAGGUUAGGAGUCA